GUUCUAGUAUCGACGCUUGUGGCUGGUACCUCUGUUGCGGGCGGCGAACAGACUGCUCAGCCUGCUGUUAAUGCAACAAACCCUCCACCUCAUCCUCAGCCAAUUUUGCCUGCUUCCGCCAUAGGUUCUCGAGCUCCUGCUGAUGUUGUUCUUUCA